AUGACAAACCACCAUGAUGGCAACCCAACCUAUCUGGACAAACUGCCGGUUGAGUUUAUACUCUUAAAGAUUCUCUUAUCUCCUACGAGAGUGGAGUAUAUUGAGAUACUCUCAAAGAGAAAUCUCCUAUAUCAAGUACUUAUCUGGAAUCGCUCGAAUUGCCGGAGUUUUGCCGUCGUCAACAACCGCCGUCUCCGUCUCCAUCACCUCUCUCUCCUCUCCGAUUACAACACCGUACUCGCAGAUAUCCUCGCCGGAUCUCCACCACCGGAAAAAUCAUUGCUGCCGGAAUCAUACUUCGACGUGGUUGAAUCCGACGACUCUCCAGCGACGGAGCUGACGAUCCGAGUCGCUUGGCUCAUCCUCGUCCUCCUCUGCAGAAUCGACCACAAAGCAAAGCACUACAAGGACUUGUCCCUAACGUACAUAUUCUUAGCCAACAAUCUCCAGCAUGUGGUCUCACGCGCUGGAUCCUCGAACCUCAAGCACCUCCUCGGCGAGGACUGGGUCGUGAGACACUUCGCCAAGGUUAGGCAGUUCGCAGCGAGCUAUGAGCGUCUCGCGUGGGGUCCCGUCGCGUCCUCCUUGCCGGAGAAUUCUAUUGCGGCGGCGAUGUCGCCGGAGGAAGUAAAGGACCUGUUCGAGGCUUUCAACGCGAGCUUCGAGAGCGCGUACGGAAAACAGAGCGCGUGCGUCGUACCAGAUCCGAAGAUCCGGGAUGAGAUGAAGACGUCGGUCGCGAGAAAGUUGGUGACAAUAUAUCGGGAGUUUUACUAUACGCAUAGAAGUACAGUUGCCUUGGCGGGAGGUGAAAACGGCGCGAUGAACGUGAGGUUGGUUGUCCGAUUUACCCCUGAGGAUAUAGGAAAUUACAUCUCGGCCUUGUUCAUCGAGAAGGGUAGUUUUGGGAAUGAACGUGUUUUGCCAUCGCCGUCGUCAUCUUCCUCUACUUCUCCAUCGUCUCGCGGACGGCUCUCGAGAUCGUAA